AUGGCCGAUCAGCCGGACACGAACGUCUUCCUCUUCUACCCGAAUCUCAUUGGAUAUGCCCGUAUUGUGCUCGCCAUCUGGGCCUUUUGGGUGAUGGGCCAUGCGCCGAUUCAAGCAGUAAUCUUGUAUGCCCUCUCAGCUGGCCUGGACGCUUUCGAUGGUUGGGCAGCGCGGACUUAUAAUCAGAGCUCUCGCUUCGGUGCAAUGCUCGACCAGUUGACGGACCGGUGCGCGUUGUUGGCGAUCAACAUGGCGCUUUGUGCCCUCUACCCGAGCUCGGCCUUUUGGUUCCAAAUGAGCGCCGUCGUGGAUAUCGCUAGCCAUUGGCUGCACCUUCACGCCACCGACAUCAACGGCAAGUCCACGCACAAAGAAAGCAAGAACCCGAUUCUGCACCUCUACUACACGGACCGUCUCUUCCUCGGCUUUAUGUGUGGCGCUAAUGAGGCGUUCUACAUGCUGAUGUAUCUCCGCGCCUGGUUCCCCGGACCGACAAUCUUCGGCGUCCAUCUGAUGUCCAUUUUCUGCACGAUCGCUUUCCCGUUCGCAUUCGUGAAGGCAGCCAUCUCCCUCAUCCACCUCGGCACCGCCGCCCAAACAGUCGUCGAGCACGACCAGAAGCAAAUCCUUGAACGGGGCAAAGCCAAG